AGAUCCCCGAGGCUCCCGCAGCCACGGCAGGACCGGCCAGCGGCGCCAUGGAGGGGAGCCCCAUCCCGGUGCUGACCGUGCCCACAGCGCCCUAUGAGGACCAGCGGCCGACCGGUGGCGGCGGGCUGCGGCGGCCCACAGGACUCUUUGAGGGCCAGCGCAACUACCUGCCCAACUUCAUCCAGAGUGUGCUGUCGUCCAUUGACCUGCGCGACAGGCAGGGUUGCACGAUGGUGGUGGGUAGCGAUGGCAGGUACUUCAGCAGGACGGCCACUGAGAUCGUGGUGCAGAUGGCUGCGGCCAACGGGAUUGGUCGGCUGAUUAUUGGGCAGAAUGGCAUCUUGUCGACACCUGCAGUCUCCUGCAUUAUCAGGAAGAUCAAAGCAGCUGGUGGGAUCAUCCUAACAGCCAGCCACUGUCCUGGAGGACCAGGGGGAGAGUUUGGAGUGAAGUUUAAUGUUGCUAAUGGAGGUCCUGCACCAGAUGUCGUCUCAGACAAAAUCUACCAGAUCAGCAAAACAAUUGAGGAAUAUACCAUAUGCCCCGACCUUCGAAUUGACCUAUCCCGGCUAGGAAGACAAGAAUUUGACCUGGAGAACAAGUUCAAACCAUUCAGAGUGGAGAUUGUGGACCCCGUUGACAUCUAUCUCAACCUCCUGCGGACUAUCUUUGACUUUAACGCCAUCAAGAGUUUGCUGACAGGACCCAGCCAGCUGAAGAUCCGUGUUGAUGCUAUGCAUGGAGUUAUGGGGCCCUAUGUAAGAAAAGUUCUGUGUGAUGAACUGGGAGCUCCGGCCAACUCCGCCAUAAACUGUGUCCCAUUAGAAGACUUCGGAGGGCAGCACCCGGACCCAAACCUGACAUACGCGACCACCCUUCUGGAAGCCAUGAAGGGGGGAGAAUAUGGAUUUGGAGCUGCAUUUGAUGCUGAUGGGGACCGUUAUAUGAUCCUUGGCCAAAAUGGCUUCUUUGUGAGUCCCUCAGACUCCCUCGCCAUCAUUGCUGCCAACCUCUCUUGCAUUCCUUAUUUCCGUCAGAUGGGUGUUCGCGGGUUUGGGAGGAGUAUGCCAACCAGCAUGGCCCUGGACAGAGUGGCUAAAUCAAUGAAGGUUCCUGUGUAUGAGACCCCUGCUGGAUGGAGAUUCUUCUCAAAUCUGAUGGACUCCGGACGAUGCUCUCUGUGUGGAGAGGAGAGCUUCGGCACUGGGUCUGAUCACCUCCGGGAGAAAGAUGGCCUCUGGGCUGUCUUGGUCUGGCUGUCCAUUAUUGCUGCCCGGAAACAGAGCGUGGAGGAAAUUGUUAGAGAUCAUUGGGCCAAAUAUGGCCGCCACUACUACUGCAGGUUUGACUACGAGGGACUGGAGCCUAAGGCUACGUAUUACAUCAUGAGGGACCUGGAGGCCCUGGUUACGGACAAGUCCUUCAUCGGCCAGCAGUUUGCUGUGGGGAGCCACAUUUACAGCAUUGCAAAGACCGACAGCUUUGAGUAUGUGGACCCUGUGGAUGGCACCGUGACCAAGAAACAGGGCCUGAGGAUCAUCUUUUCGGAUGCAUCACGGCUUAUAUUCCGGCUCAGUUCCUCCAGUGGUGUUCGGGCCACCAUCAGACUGUAUGCGGAGAGCUACGAGAGGGAUCCCAGCGGUCACGAUCAGGAACCACAGGCAGUGCUGAGCCCUCUCAUAGCCAUUGCGCUGAAAAUAUCCCAGAUUCAUGAGAGAACUGGCCGGAGAGGACCCACCGUCAUCACCUAAGCACAGGGCGGCAGAGCACUGGGAGAGAUGCUUCACCAUGCCUUCUCGCUUCCUGUUUGUGCCUCUUAGGACUCUGGAGAAACAAAAGCUAUUUUGCUGUUGGGGUGGGGGGUAAAAGGAGGGUGGGAAUGGGGGGAUGUACCCCUUUUAAUUUGGUUUGUCCAGUUCUUCCAAAUGCAGCAGGGUCUUUAGUUGUCUGUCAGAGCUUCACUACUGUUUAAGACCUGGAUUUUGUCACACCAAAGCGCUACUCCUUUUGAGAAAGAUAGGGAACUAUUAGUCACAGCCCCUGUAUAUUUCUGGUGUCUUGUGAGAAAAUAUUCUGAGAGACAGGAGAGAGAGAGAGAGAGAGAGAGAGAGAGAGAGAGAGAGAGAGAGAGAGAGAUCUAAGGUCUUUGGGUGGGCAGAAGACUCCCUACCAUAGAGGAAGACUCAUUUGCAUCUUUGUUCGGAUCUGCCAUGGUGGAAGGUUUAGAACUUCUAGGCGACACACCCCUCCCACUGGCCAUCCAAUGGCCAUGCUUCCCAGCCUGCCAACAUCUCUGCACUAGCUCUCCUAGUCUUCUAGGUUUUCUAUGAUUCACAAUGACACACCUCCAACAAGACACACACGAAGGUGCUUUCCUUUCUUUUAUUUUGCGUGUAGUAUCCACUUAGCUGCCAAGCUGGCUGCAUCCCUCUGAAUGUAGCCAUUUCUUGUGCAGUGGGGAAGGAUUUUCCAGCGGCAGAUGAAGGAUUCUGAAGGGGCUGGAGUAUUUAAUGGGAGAGUUGUGGGCCCUCUGGGACAGAGAGGUGGAUUGUCACAGCUGGCUCUCUUUGCCUGAGGGAAAGGGACCUGGCAGCUCCUGCAGGCACAUGGACUAGGGCAGAGUCCUCUGCCAGGCAUGGGAUGUGUUUGCUUAUGUUUGUCUCCCUUGGGAACUGCAGGUUGGCUUAUCACACCCUUUGAGGAGGUGACCUAGUGCCCCUUUACUGUUAAGCAAGGCAUGAUCGCUGUCAUCAAGGUCAGUGCCGCAAGGAAACAUUCCCAGAUAGGUGUUUGUUUCCGUUUUCUCUCCGCGCUUCUGUCAAAAACUUGCUAGGAUAUUUAGUAGCCAAUAAACCAGAAUUUCCUUAUUUUAACCUCCAUAUAA